AUGGGCAAAGAAAGAGUAGCUAUCAUCGGUUCUGGCAACUGGGGAUCAGCCAUAGCCAAACUUGCUGGAAAUAACGUGAAGAAGCAUUCGGAUGUAUUUGAUGAUUCCAGAGUGCCCAUGUGGGUCUUUGAAGAGGACUACGAAGGUCGUAAACUCACUGAGAUCAUCAAUACCGACCAUGAGAACAAGAAGUAUUUACCGGAUGUCAAAUUCUCUGAGAAUAUAGUGGCUGUUCCGGACCUCCUGGAGGCAGUCAAAGGUGCUACAGCAUUGGUCUUUGUCAUGCCUCAUCAGUUCCUUCACAAGUGCUUGGAUCAACUAGAAGGCAAGGUAGAGAAGAAUGCCAAGGCUAUUUCCCUCAUCAAGGGAGUAGGAGUAGAGGGCUCCGACAUCCACGUAUUCGCCGACGUCAUUCAAGAUCGAUUGGGCAUCUCUACUUCUGCUCUGAGUGGUGCCAACAUCGCGAAUGAGGUUGCUAUCGAUAGAUUCUCCGAGACUACCGUUGGUUAUAGAACUGAAGGGGAAGGUCAGAUGUGGCAGAAGCUUUUCCAAACACCUCAUUUCAAAGUUCAGCUUAUCGAUGAUGUCGCCGGUGUCUCGCUCUGUGGUGCGCUCAAGAACAUAGUCGCUGUAGCUGCUGGGUUCAUUGACGGAUUGGAAUAUGGAAACAACUCAAAGGCCGCUAUCAUGCGAAUCGGUUUGCUCGAGAUGAAACAUUUCUGCCAAGAGUUCUUCAAUGACGUCAAGGAGGAAUCGUUCUUACAAGAAAGUGCAGGUGUAGCAGACGUGAUCACCUCUUGUCUCGGCGGUAGGAAUAGGAAAUGUGCUGAAGCGUUCGUCAGACAGAAGAAGCCUUUCGAUGAGCUGGAGAGGGAUAUGUUGAAUGGUCAGAAAUUGCAAGGUAUUCAUACUGCUAAAGACGUCCACAUCUUCCUCAAAGCUCGAGAUAGACUUGGUGCAUAUCCCUUGUUCGACAAGGUGUACAAUAUCUCAUGGGAGGGCUUGCCUGUUGAAAAGCUCACAGAGGGGCUUUAG